GCGAGGGAACAUUGUUUGGAACUUCAUCACCGCGGGCCAUUACGUUGGGGACCAGUCCAAGAUGCACGGGGACCGAAAGUUGCGUUGCAACUUAUGCGGCGACCUGUUUCAGGGGGGUUCGUUGAAGGCCACGCGUCAUUUUACGCAGUCGAAGUUCUGCAAGGCUGGGGGGAUGAGAGUUCUCGCGGAACUCUGGAACGGCGCGGACUAUACACGUUUAUGCCGUCCACUGCUCAGCGGGUACAGAGGUGGAUGGCAGACGAGGGCAUACGGGACACGAGAGCGGCUGCGGGUGGCCAGAGACAGCGGAUGGACGACGCAGAGAGCGACGACAUUCAGGACGCCCUCGAUGAGGAGGAGGCCCGCGAGGGUGGGGCCAGGGAGGGGGCAGUUGCAGACGAGGCAGACGAGGCAGUCGGGGAGCCUAACCUACCAGGGGAGGAGGUGGUGAUGACGUUGAGAGGCGUCGGUGGAGCGGGUCCUGCUACUAGGGCGCCGCGAGCUGAGGUGGAUCGUGCGAGGAGGGAGAAGAGGACAGUGGGGCAGGCUGGCGUCGAGGUGCCAGACACGGGCAGGGAGAAGAGGGCUCGACAGACCACGAUUGACGAGAUGUAUGCCAGGGAGAAGUUGGCCGAGUUCACAGACGCGUGGCUUCAGUGGAUCUACGUGAAGAAGUUGCCAUUCAACGCCUUCCGUGGUCCGGAGUUCCAGAGGGUGCGGCAGGCAGCAGAGAGAGUGCCUCGCUCUAUCCAGUUCCAGUUUCCCUCCUACAGGGUUACAGCGGGCGCCGGUAUCCCUUCGCAGAGGGCGAAGGUGGCGACGAUGGUGAGCGAGGUGCGCGCCACUUUCCGGCACAGCGGUGCCACUAUCCUUUCUGACGGGAGGAAGUCGCGCAGCGGCAAGCCGCUCGUGAACUUCCUCGCCGGGGGCGCCAACGGCGCCCUGCUGUACGCCACCGUCGCACGUGACGGGUCAGUCCGAGACAUAGCGGACGUCGUGUACCGUAGGUGGCGGGCCAUCAUCUUGUCCUUUCCUGCAAAGGACGUGAUCGGCUUCUGCACAGACUCCGCCAGUAACUAUACGGCGGCAGCACGCAGGUUCGCCACAGACCCCGAGCCUGAGAUCAGGAGGAUCAUUUGGCUCCCCUGCUCCACCCAUGUCUGCAACUUGAUGUUGUCAGAUAUCGGGACGCGAGUGGUGUGGGUCAACGAGACCAUCAUCCAUGCUCGAGCGCUUGUGCGAUUUAUUAAAUCGCACAGCGUUGCUCACACCCUUUUUAGGAAGGUGAGCCCUCGCAUUCAGCUCGUCGAGCCCGUUGAGACAUGGUUUGCAUCGGUUUUCCUGAUGCUGACGUGUCUCAAAGGCCGACGAGACGCGUUGGAGAGCAUGUUGCACGGGGAUGCUUGGGCACACAUCCCGUGGGAUCGCGCCCACGUAUCUCAGGCGCAGUGGGUGCAGCAGCGGAUCCGGGACGGGGAGUUUUGGCAGCGUGUCCAUUACGCCAUCCUAGUCAUGUCGCCCGUCCACCAGCUGCUGCGCAGGAUGGAUAGAGGUGGGAUGAUGAUGUCCGUCGUUUACGAGUGGAGUCAGCAUCAGCUGCAGUUGAUGAGCAGGGUUGACGUGCCAACGGGCAUGAUCAAGCCGUGCGUGCGUGAGGUUGCCAUCCGCAACCUCCACAUGCUAGAGCCCGCACAUGCUGCGGCCCACCUCCUCAACCCUCGUCGACGGUCCCUCACGUAUUACCAUUCGCUGGAGACGACCGCCGACGACCGCUGUGUGGUCGAGGAGCGAGUGGCAGCAGCAGAGCCGGCGGUGGUCUUGGAGGACGUUCACAUGUGGAGGUUCGCAUGGACGACUCGGGGGAGCAGUAGCCACGGGGAGGUCUUCAGCACACAGGCAGGCGUUGGGAGGUUAGGAGCGACAACGAGGCCGAGGGGGAGGCCGAGGAUGAGGAGGUGCCCCUUCACGAUCGUCGCUUCUCUCCCUCCCAUCAUCCGAUCUCUGCACAGCCCGAGGCGCUUGGGCGUUCGGAGAGGUUGGCGUCGGCAGCGGGAAGAGACCGGACACAUGACAGCGAGGAUCAUGGGGGGGAGAGGACUCCUUCCGACGCUGGUAUCCGCCUCGCUUGCCGUCGAUGCUCCGCACACAGGACUUCGAGGACAUAGGGCUUGGUGGGAGCUUGGGAGAUUUGUGUGUCGACCGCAGGAUGUGCGCACAGACGCGGACGUUGAGCGGGGCCCUGUUGAGACUGAGGAGGAGAGGGAUGCCCGUUUGGACCGAGAGGAGGAGGAGCGGCUGAGGAGUUUGCCACAGUGGGUGGGUCGGUUCACGUAUCUCGACGAGCAGCGUCAACAGAGGGACUUGGAGACAGGAGCGGGGGGGAGCCGUGACGUCGACGACUCGGGUGUCCCUGAGGAGGCGGUUCAGGGGGAGUUCGAUUAUGAGGGGCAGGAUGCCGCCGCGGGUGGUGGGUCAGGUGGUGGACGACGCGGCGACGAGGAGACCGCGGGUGUCCCUGAGGGGCAGGAUGUUGUCAUGGGCGGUGGGUCCCCUAGUGGGGGCCGUGGCGACAGCGAGACCGCGGGUGAUGAGGGACAGGGUGCCGCAGUGUGCGGCGGAGGAGAGGGUGGACCCGGUGGAGAUGGGGACACCGCGGGUGUCGGUGGAGACGAUGGACCGAACGGUGACGAUGACGACGACCACGGUCCCGAGGACGAUCCGUAUAGGCUCGCCUUGGUGUUGAGGGAUCCCACAUUGCCUCCGUUGCAUCGUGACGACACAACGCAUACUUUCUUCGACGCCGACGCUUUGGCGCAUGCGUUGACGUAUGACCCUUUCGCACACGUGAGCCGCAAGAGCGGCAAGCAGCGGGCCCCUGGGAGGGUGUAUUCACCGCCGCCGUUCACAGUGCAGAGCCCUCACUGGUCGGGUUCGUCGCUCAGCGACGUUAGAGGGAGGGAGUCCGGUGCGGGUGAGGUGGGAUCCGACAGACGCAGCGACGACGGCAGAGAUAGUGCAGGAUCGAUGCCUCCACCGCCCGCACGGACUCCGGAGGCCAGGGUCGACACCGGGGACCGGACGGUGGCACCCGGAGUUGCGCACAGUGGCGGUUCCCCGCCGCCAGUCCGAGGAGGUGUGGGUGGCGGAUGGUCAGCUGUUCGUCGGGUCGGGGACCGGUUGCGGGCGGAUUACGACGCCGGGAGGGGCGUCUUCACGGGACGUACGCCUGUUCAAACGCAGGCUGCGGAGGGUGGAUCCGGACGUCCGAGCCUGCAAAUGACAGGCCGCAUGCUUGGUUUGUCACGAGCGGAGACGAGGAGGACAUUGGUCCUCGAGGCCGCAGGGACAUCCACGGACAGGCUGCGGGGAGAGCAAUUCACAUCGGGCGAGGAGGGGUUGUCGAUGCGUCGCGGGACGAGACGACAGCAUGGCCUCUCGGAGGUUGAGGCUCGACUCGCUGCAGGGGUCGCCGCUGGGCAGGCAGCAUUGGACGCGAUUCAAAGGGAGAGAGAGAGGGGGAUUGCUGCACAGGCGGAGGAGGACGAGGACGUGGACACUGAGUCCGAGUCGAUCGAGACUGCGGCACGCAGACACAGGGCACAGGUGGCCGCGGCGGCCGCUGCGGCACAUGCGGCGGGGCACGGGGCACAGAUGCCGGAGGGAGAGGAGGGCGCCGGGGAGGACCGCAUGGCCGCACGUCCUCUGAGAGAGGCCGCGCGCGCUCUGGUGGGAGAUGACGACGUCCGUGGUGUUUUUUGCUACUCGGUUGUAUAGUAGAGACGACGCCCGUCGACGGGUCCAAUUUUUUUUUUCUACUCUAUUGUGUAGCAGAGACGAUGGGUCCAGUUUUUUUUUCCUACUCGGUUGUACAUUAGGGUUUUCAUUUUUUUUUUUUCGUACUCGGUUUUCAUUAGAGAUGA